GGUGUCUGCCCAACUUAAAGUUCAGGACGCAGAGUGCCGAGCCUUGGCCCGACAGGAGGAAGGCGAGGGUGUGUUCGUCGUGGAGAAAUCGCCCUCGCCGUCCGCACUCGUCGGCGACGACCUGUUCGAAGAUAUCUACCUAGACGACGCACGAGGGAGGCAUCGGUCAGCUGAGCCGUCGAUGAGCGAGGAUGGUUGGGUUCAAGUGGAAUGGGCGGUGAGCGAAUGAGAAAUGUGCGCGACGACUGGGUUGCUUUGUUCCUGCCUGCAAUUUUUAGUCGUUAGUUUGCUACAGUCAACGUUAUUCUCAGGCCCUGUUCCAGUGCGGUUGGAUUUGUACCUAUUUCUGUUCAGUGUUCACCACGUUGACUUUGAGCCACUGAGGGCAGGCUUGCGAGAAUAUUCAUGUUCGUCGAAUGGCACGCGGCAAGAAAGUGUGGUAGGUUGGAAGACCCAGAUAUCAGUGGCUGUGGAUGGAAUGAUAGAAAGAUAGUUCCAGGUGCUGGCCAAUAAAACGUCUGCCGGCCACAAGAGACAGAGAAAAUGCAACAAGGAAUCACGCGCCGUAGAAGCUCAACAAUAACCAUCCGGCUGCAAAAGCAGGUGGAUCUUCCGGGCACUCUCCAGUGCGGAUUAUUCAAGCGGUAAAGUGUUUUUCUCGGGUUGAUCGGUCGUGCGCGAACGCCAUGUCGGGAGCGAGCACUUCAAUCGAGUAGGCGAGUGAAGUCCUGCGGCUGAAAAGGGGCGAGAAAUUAUUUAGCUACGGCGACAGCGAUUGUGGACGUAACUAUAAAUUAAUACAGGUUGGAGACGUGAAGUUUUGGCAAAAAAAGGAACAGGUAGAAAAAAAAACAGAUUUAUAAUCCGUCAGUAUUUUUAAUGCCC